CGCGCUGUGUGGGGCGGUCUCUUCAGAGAUGUCUGAAUAAGUCAAGAAUCUCUUCAGCUGCCGCACGCUUUCAAACAGCACUUCAUCUCGUCCAGUGUCGCUACGAGGGAAGAGUUUUAUGUUUGCCGUUUAGCUUCAUAAGAUUAUGAGGAAUUAUUUUGCGAUUGCCGUGCGUAACAAACCUGCAGUGCACAGGGGUGAAGGAAGAACAGCUGGAACGCUGUCCAGGGUCCUGAAGUCAAGAAGCCAAAGGUGCUGAAGAGAGCACAGGCAUUCACGGAGGACUGUAUGUCUAUGCCAAUCAAGCCUUGAGAUGACUCGGAAAAGGCUGCGUUCUGUGGCUGUCUGGGGAUUCGUUGCAUGGCAAAUAGGAAUUAUGUCGAGUUUGGUAGCAUCAAAAAAACCAGAAAACCCUCAAGGAGAAAAAGCAUCAUCACCCUCUGACUUCCUUGACAAGCUCAUGGGAAGAACCUCAGGUUACGAUGCCAGAAUUAGGCCCAACUUUAAAGGUCCGCCCGUGAAUGUAUCAUGCAACAUAUUCAUUAACAGUUUUGGCUCCAUUGCAGAGACAACUAUGGAUUACAGAGUGAACAUAUUUCUCCGGCAGCAAUGGAACGACCCUCGGCUAGCUUACAGCGAGUACCCAGACGACUCCCUGGACCUGGAUCCCUCGAUGUUAGACUCCAUUUGGAAGCCUGAUCUGUUCUUCGCCAAUGAGAAGGGAGCGCACUUCCACGAGGUCACCACUGACAACAAGCUCUUGAGAAUUUUCAAGAAUGGAAAUGUCCUCUAUUCAAUCAGACUGACUCUGACACUCUCGUGUCCGAUGGAUCUGAAGAAUUUCCCCAUGGAUGUGCAGACGUGCAUAAUGCAGCUGGAGAGUUUUGGUUACACAAUGAAUGACCUGAUCUUUGAGUGGCAAGAGAAGGGACCUGUACAGUUUGCCGAAGGUUUGACACUCCCACAGUUCAUCCUCAAGGAUGAUUCUGAUUUGAGAUACUGCACCAAGCACUACAACACAGGCAAGUUCACAUGUAUCGAGGUACGUUUUCACCUGGAAAGACAGAUGGGCUACUACCUGAUCCAGAUGUACAUUCCCAGCCUGCUCAUCGUCAUCCUGUCCUGGGUCUCCUUCUGGAUCAACAUGGAUGCUGCUCCUGCCCGUGUUGCCCUGGGAAUCACCACAGUGCUCACAAUGACAACUCAGAGCUCUGGAUCCAGGACGUCUUUACCUAAGGUGUCUUACGUGAAGGCAAUUGACAUCUGGAUGGCUGUGUGCUUGUUAUUUGUCUUUUCUGCGCUGUUGGAGUAUGCUGCGGUCAACUUUGUUUCACGGCAACACAAAGAGCUCUUACGAUUCCGACGGAAAAGGAAGAAGUCUGGGAAGGAGGAGGAAGUGCGGGAGAGCCGGUUGAGCUUCACGCCCAAUGCAGGGAAAGACGGAGCCGUGCCCAAAGCUGCUAAUAAUACGGCCACAACACCCUCUGACCCAGCCCUCACUGCCGGCAAGAGUCAUGAGGAGAUGAGAAAACUCUUCAUCGACCGAGCCAAGAAGAUCGACACUGUGUCCCGUGCCGGAUUCCCACUGGCCUUUCUUUUUUUCAAUAUUUUCUAUUGGGUCCUUUACAAAAUCCUACGUCACGAGGACGUGCACAAGCCAUAGAUGGAGCAUGGCAUGUUGCACCUUGGGAGGUACAGUAGUAAAUAGCAAAGCUGCAUCAAUGAAUGCUGAUGUUUCUUGCCAGGAUCUAUGCUAAAAUGACUAUGAAAAACUGUGAUGUCUAGGACCGGUGGUUAAUUUCAAUAAAUUGUUUAUGUUAUACACCCAUUCGAAGACACUGCACUCACUAUGCAAUGGAUAGGUAUCCGUAGGGCCUCUGACACACCUGUCCCGCAAAACAAAAGUGGUCAGCACUUCUACACACCUGUUUAACACAGAAGCACAGUCCGAUACUGACUACAGCCCCUAGUAGUGACAGAUGCAGAUGUGUGUGUCUUGCACUGGUUUUGUUGACUCCGUUGUCUUACAGCUUUACUGCCAAUGUUCUGUGUUGUAUUUUUGAUAUACAGCUAUUGAAAAAUGGCAAGAGUGCAAGAGCAGAAAUGUAUAUUAUACAAAUAUCCAAACACAAACUACUAAUGUUGAUUAUUUUAUAAGGAAGAGUUACCUAGUUUUUAUUAGCAUUUGGUCAGCAUAAUGUGUCCCCGAACAUUUUGUCCCAACCUGAUUGUUGACCAGCUCUAGUAGAAACCAGCAUCCAGGCCAAAAACAUUCUGAGUUAAAUCUCAAGAAUGACCCCGAACCAGCAAAGAAGGCAAUUGUGUUUACAGCUAGCCUAUAUGAACACCUUAACAUUAACUGCUUCAAGGAAACACAUUUUUUUAAACUUUAAUGGGUAGCGUACUGCCAGUUAACAUGAAGAAAUUGAAACCAUUCUUCAAGUUUUUCUCGAACAAAAGCAUUAUUGUUUGAAAACCAUUGCCAGUCACUUCAAACUAAUGAUGCCACUACAAUAUAAUGCGGCUGGGAGUGAAUAAUGUCACACAUGUGUUGCAAAUUCAUGAAUGAAGAAAUUAAUUCAAGGAGGGCUUGUUGGGACAAUG